AUGAACCGUGAGCGGAAUCGUGGAGAAGAUGGCUUGCAGGCAAGCUGUGGAGUGAUGCCUCUGCUACCGAGGUUAACAGUGUGUGGGGGGAGUGGCGCCGAGGCCGCGCAGCCAUAUAAAGCGGCUCAGAGCCCGUGGUACGUGGCGGCGACGGCACGACGUGGGCGCGUGCAUGGUGCUGCGGCCCUGCUCGGCCGUAACGUGUCGCUGGGCGGCGCACCUACCCACGGAAUCGUCGUGUCCCGAGGUUUCUCAUGGCAUCUCGAGGGCUUGAGUAAAGCACUCCGGUCGUCGUCGAGCGGGGGCGGCUUUGUCUCGCCUUUGGCGGAAAGAAAAGAGUUCGCGGGAAUCUGCUCCGCUCUCCCGCGCCGCGCGGCGUCUCGGACAGGGUUGGCUAUUGGUGCUGCCGUUCUCUUGAACAGUGGAAACCUUGCCCUUACAGUCACAGAGAGCCCAUCAUCAUCUGACCUACCGUUGUGGCAGAGCUUUGAUUACCCAACAGAUAUUUUUCUUCCUGGUUCCAAGUUUGGCCGGAACAAGGUCACCGGCUUGAUUCAUCAGAGCAUCUCAAAGAAGAGCCUCAUUGAUCCGGGUCUUGGCUCAUACAGCAUUGAACUAGAAGAAACCAAGGGGAUCGUCCUCAAGCGCCGCAACCCCUUGGUAGUGUAUUGGCACUGGGCAUCCUCCAAAACAUCAUCGUUGAGUCUUAUACCAAUACUCAAUUCCAUUCUGGAUUUGGAUCCACGGACCAAAGGUUUGAUUAACACAACAUAUGUUGAUAACAACCAAGAGGAGUACUACACGUACACUUCACCGAAUGAAUCAUCUCCCACAUUUGUCUCACUAGACAUCUCUGGUCUGAUAAAGCUGAAUGUUUGGUCACAAGCCAACCAGUCUUGGCAAAUUAUAUAUACCCAGCCUGCCGAUCCCUGCACUCCGGCUGCUACCUGUGGACCUUUCACAGUCUGCAACGGCAUUGCACAGCCAUUCUGUGACUGUAUGAUGAACUUCUCUCAGAAGUCACCUCUGGAUUGGGAGUUUAAUGAUCGAACAGGAGGAUGCAUCAGAAGUACACCGUUACACUGCAACACUAGUAGUAACAACAAAAACAUCACAAGUUCAACAGACAUGUUCCACUCCAUUGCUCAAGUUACAUUGCCCUACAACCCGCAAAGCAUAGACUUUGCUAACACACAGAGCGAAUGCGAAGAAGCUUGUCUCAGUUCCUGCUCCUGCACUGCUUAUUCCUAUAACAGUAGCAGAUGCUCUGUCUGGCAUGGGGAAUUGCUUAGUGUAAAUCUGAAUGAUGGGAUUGAUAAUACUUCUGAAGAUGUUCUUUACCUUCGCCUUGCUGCCAAAGAUUUGCUGCCAAGUUUGAGAAAAAACAAAAGAAAACCAAACGUCGGAGUGGUCACUGCUGCAAGCAUUUUUGGUUUUGGGUUACUAAUGCUCAUGGUGUUGUUACUUAUUUGGAGGAACAAAUUCAAGUGGUGUGGUUCCCCUUUAUACGACAAUCAAGGUAGUGCUGGUGGGAUUAUAGCCUUCAGAUACACCGAAUUAGUUCAUGCCACUAAAAACUUCUCAGAAAAGCUUGGAGGAGGUGGUUUUGGUUCAGUAUACAAGGGAGUGUUAAGUGACUUGAAGACUACUAUAGCAGUGAAAAAGCUUGAUGGUGCUCAGCAAGGAGAGAAGAAAUUCAGGGCCGAGGUGAGCUCAAUUGGACUGAUCCAACAUAUCAAUCUUGUCAAAUUGAUUGGUUUCUGCUGCGAAGGUGAUCACAGAUUACUUGUAUACGAACACAUAUUAAAUGGGUCUCUUGACGGUCAUCUAUUUAAGAAGAGCAAUAAUGCCGAUGCUGCUGUCCUAAACUGGAACAGCAGAUAUCAGAUAACCUUAGGAGUUGCCAGAGGGUUGUCCUACUUGCAUCAGAGUUGCCAUGAAUGCAUCAUACACUGUGAUGUUAAGCCAGAAAACAUACUUGUGGACACAUCAUUUGUUCCUAAAGUUGCAGACUUUGGGUUGGCAGCGUUUGUGGGAAGGGAUUUUAGCCGAAUUCUAACUACAUUCAGAGGAACUGCAGGCUAUCUUGCCCCAGAGUGGCUUACCGGAGUUGCUAUUACACCGAAAGUUGAUGUUUAUGGCUUUGGCAUGGUGCUGCUGGAGGUCUUAUCAGGAAGGAGGAAUUCACCUGAAAUAUACAACACUAGCAGCAGCGGCAGUUACCGUGUUGAAUAUUUCUCGGUGCAAGCCAUCAGCAAGCUUCAUGGGGGAGAUGUGAAGAGUUUGGUGGAUCCACGGUUGCAUGGUGACUUCAAUUUGGAAGAGGCUGAAAGGGUUUGCAAAGUUGCAGGUUGGUGCAUCCAAGAUAAUGAGUUUGAUCGGCCGACGAUGGGUGAAGUCGUCCGGGUUCUCGAGGGUCUACAGGAGAUUGAUGUGCCCCCGAUGCCAAGACUACUUGCAGCUAUAACGGCACAACCUGGUGCUGCAACUUGAGUGUAAUAAUAACUAGCAGUCGAUGCUAAUAAUAUCUGUUAAUUUCAGCAAAUUUUAGAGUUUUAGUAAUGUUGAGAGGAAGGAAUAAAGGAAGGCAAAGCUGGUAUGCUAAUUAAAUUAUCUCUUAUUCAGUGCCGUAUGUAAUCAAGCAUUGUAGCAAAAUAUGGCAGACCUAGAAAUAUGUGUAUGUUUUGUUGAUGGGAUAGUUUGAUACCUAUCUUUAAAUCGAAGGAAGAUGUCAAUGUACAUGUAUGCCACAACCCAUUCUUGAUCAAGAGUACGCAUGGCCUGGUCAUCCCUCAUGCUCACUUGAUGGUGUGUUGUUCUGGUACGAAACCGAGUGGCCUGGCCCUACACCUGCGCGACGAAAUUUGCGGCAGGCUCCAGUGCGGCAUGGAUGCGAAGUAAAAUAUGGGUACAAAUGAAGGAAUCCAGGUUUGAAGACGGUCAAAGGUGACAUGACGAAUGAUUUUGCUCCAAGGUCAUGAGGCUAUUACAUUCAGUCCCCUGGAAGAAAGCAACCACAGAUGACAGUAAGGUUCAUAACCCUGCUAGGGAGAGCAUAACAAGUGACAUUCAGUCCAUGGUGACAAAGCAAUGAAGAAACAUCCUCCUACUGGACAACACCUUUGGUUUUAAGCAUCCUAAAUUUUGCAAAUUUGGUAAAGAUUCCCCAUCAGCAACAAACAGCUGUUUCUCUUCUGAUUGCCGCAGUUUUUUCUCCUUUUGUAAUGUCUGCAAAUGUUUUGAUGAAUAUAUGUGCUGCGUUUAGUAUUUGCGCAUCUGGAAAGGAGCAUGAAGCACAGGCUUUUCAAGGCACUGCACUGCACUGUUUUUGCCUGCUCAUAUUAAAUUGCCGAGAGCAGAAGUGCAGCCAGUCAUCCUCAGUAAACACAUCUAGGUGAAAGUUGAGGUGUUCUUUUCAGACUUGGGAUGGUAACUUCAGAACUUCUAAUUACAAUGCAGGGACAGGUUACUAAUAGCUUGCUUAGGCAAGAUGCCAGCUAUAGUUUAAAUAUUUUUUUCUAGAAAA